AUGGAGAAAAUUUUGUGGAUUCUUCUGGUUUUCAUGAUCAUUCAACUACAGAAUGCCGCUUCUCAGGAUUCCUUGGCUUAUGCUGGAUGGCGGAUCGACUGUGGCGGUGACGUACCCCUAGUUGAUCCCAAUAUGACCGUGUGGGACAUAGAUGAAGAUUUCACUCAAUCAGGCAUCAACAAGCGUACCCUUGAUCAACAGCCGCUUGAUGAGAUGAACACUCUCCGAGUCUUCCCUGAUCGUACGGACCAAAAUUGCUAUGCAUUUCCCACGACCAUGUUUCUGCAGAAGACUCUGCGGUACGUGAUUCGAGCCGGAUUCUCCUAUGGCAACUAUGAUGGACUCUCAAAUCCUCCAACUUUUGAUCUUCAUUUGAACGGCGGAAAAUGGUCAACGGUCAAUACAACGCCAAAAAGUGGGCCCAUAUAUCACGAGAUUGUGUACAGUACACAGGAAUCAGCGAUUCUUACUGUGUGCUUGGUGCAAACAAGAGAUGGAGAGGUCCCUUUUAUUUCUACCUUGGAGUUUACGCCUCUGCCAGAUGUUUUGUACCCACAUUUGAACCCGAAUGUCUCAUUCACUCUUGUUAGUAGAACCAACUUGGGUGGUGGUGAGAUCAGGUACGCAGGCCUCUUCACGGAUGAAUUCUACAACAGAAUAUGGACACGUGGAGUCACCCCAUUAAACUGUAUUCAAGUCACUACCUUACAAGAUUCUAACGUUCUCGGCGUAGAAAAUGACCCUCCUGUUCCAGUGUUGGAAGAAUCCAUCGUAUCAAAUACUUCUGAUCCAAUAAACUUGACCUUUGAACUUCCAACGACGACCCCUCAAUCAGCUCAUUUUGUAUUUUAUUUCACAGAAUUGGCUAACAGGCCUAUGUUAAAUGACACGAGAAUCAUUGAUAUCAACAUCAACGGUCAGAUGAUGCAGACAGUGGAAACAGAGGUAAAUAAAUGCAAGGUGGUGACAUUAUACCCUGUGGUUGUUUCAGGCCCCACGAUUAACAUCACCGUUGCGGCCAAUAAGUCAUCUACCUUGCCUCCGAUCAUCGCUGCCAUGGAAGUGUUUACUAAGAAUGAUCUUGAGCCAAUUCAAAAGAACACUAACGCUAAUGCACAGGAACAUUUGUCUGUAUCGCACUUCGUUUUGAUUAGUGUCCUGUGCUUGCUUGUUUCCUUUAUAGCAUGA